AUGUUUUUAUCAAUCAAAACAUAAUUACUCAUCCUUAAUCUGAACUGAGUAUGAGGUGCUGUAGCAGCCAAAAUCUGGCUUCUGAGGGAGACGAAGUGGAAGUUUCGUGAACAAUUUAUCCUGUACACUCUUACCUGAUAAAUAAAGCAACGGAAGCUAAAUUUAACAAAACUAUAACUUUAUCUGGGUUCAAAGUACGUGUUCUAGGGUUUAAUAUAUUGCUAUCUGCUGAAUACGACGGAAUUUCACACUUUAAAAAGCCCCAUUUUUUGUUUUUCGAUUACAUUACAUUUAUUUAUAGAUCACUGAGAUCUCGCAUAAUGCUUUCCUUUCCUAUUGAAGGAAUUUCCUCUAUUGGACCAUUCUAAUGCCACUGGCAUGGGUGUCUAUAAUGAUAUCUACUUAAAAAUCUCAAUUUAAUGAUGGCAGUUGGUGAGCUGGGAAAACUUCUCCUUCAACUGAUUAUUGGUCUCAACCUGGUUUUAGUCAUUUUCCUUGGCUACACACUAUCUGAAAGAGCAAAUCUUUUCUCCUUUAAAUUUAGAAUUUAAAAUAGGACUUUCUCAGGCAAAGGCAAAAAGUACAAGAGAUAUCCACCCUCUGUCCAGUGCAGCAGCAAACGUUGCAGUCACAUGCUUUCAUCAGUGCUGUAAUGACCUACUCUAAAGCACAGCCCUCUCCAUUACCUGGAUCAGUGAGGAUAUUAUAAAGGCAUGGACUGUGGAGUCCAACUCUGAAUCUGAACUUGUAUCGUGUUUCUAAGGGAGGGGGUGCGCUUUAGAUUCACUGAGGAAUGAGAUUCCAUUUGGAUUAACACGUCAGAGGGCUGACUGAACCAGUAAGAACAGGGCUGGUGUAGAACUGCUGGCAGCUCAGCCAAUCAAACCUCAGUGUUACAAUGCUGCCCCCUACAGGACGUGUUGUCACUGAUUAUCAUCUGUGUCUAACAGGAAGAGGGACGUUCCGUUUCCAACAUGUGAAAGCUUUAGUUACAUCAGGGAGCUUUUAAUAUGAUUUCAAUGUAUAUUUUUCAGAAAUAUGGGACUUUCUGAUAAUAUAGACAGAGAAAAGACACAGAUGAAGAGAGAUUUGAGUCUGAUUUUAAAGACGGUUCUUAGCUGCAGUUUUUUGUGGUAGCAGUAAGUAAAAGUGAAACUAAACUACAGAUUUAGCAGGAGUCAUUACUGAGCUCAGAACAGACAGAGACAGAAUGGCGUCUGGAUCUUCUCUCCUGGAAGAGGAGCUCUCCUGUCCUGUGUGCACUGAAAUCUUCAGGGAUCCUGUUCUCCUGAGUUGCAGUCACAGCUUCUGUAAGGCCUGUCUGCAGAAGUACUGGGAACAGAAGGGAUCUCGGGAGUGCCCAGUGUGCAAGAGAAGAUCUUCAAGGGAACUACCUCCCUAUAACCUGUCUCUGAGGAAUACCUGUGAGGCGUUCUUAAAGGAGAGAAGUCAGAGAGAAAAAGCUAAAUCCGAACUCUGCAGACUGCACAGUGAGAAACUCAAACUCUUCUGUUUGGAUGAUGAUGAACCCAUUUGUGUUGACUGUUUAAGAGAACAACACAGAAAUCACAACUUCUGUCCAAUAGAGGAGGUUGCUCUGAAAUAUAAGGAGAAACUCAGGACUGCACUGGCUCCACUGCAGGAGAAGCUAAAAGCCUUUAAUGCAGUGAAACUAAUCUGUGAUCAAACAGCAGAGCACAUCAAGAGCCAGGCCCAGCACACAGAGAAACAGAUAAAGAUGGAGUUUGAGAAACUUCAGCAGUUCCUAAAAGAUGAAGAGGCAGCCAGGAUCGUUGCACUGAGGGAGGAAGAGGAGCGGAAAAGUCAGGUGAUGAAGGAGAAGAUCGAGAAGAUGACAGAAGAGAUAUCAACCCUUUCAGAACAAAUCAGAGCCAUAGAACAGGAGCUGGGAGCUGAAGACGUCUCAUUCCUGCAGGUAAGUCAUGUGUCAUAAUCACACAUAAAUCAUGUUUAUCAAUAAUCAAAUGGGAAUAUAUUACAUUGAUACAGUUUUAAUAGUCUGGGUAUUGGUUAUAGUGAUGAAAAUCACCUUUUAUUCGCCUAUUACAGAGCUACAAAGACGUGAAGAAACGGUAUGUGACCUCCAUCCUUUCUCUCUAGUUAAUCUUUUAAUCUCCUCUUUCUUUCUCUGUUCAGUUUAAACGUGAGGGGUAGUUUACAAGUACUGUAGCAUUUCAGCAAUGAUGAGUAAAAUGGGACCAGAUGGAAAAAAUUCAAAAACAAAUGUUACAUUCAUACCCAAAUGAGUGAUCAGAGUAGAUGACACAAUGAUUGCAUUUAUAUUAUGUUAAUUAUAAUGAUUCAUAUCGUUAUAAUUAAUAUAACAUCAUUAUAAUCAUGAUACAGAUAAUAGGUAAUCAAUGAUAGAAUACAAAUUGCCCCCCUCCUGUGUGUGUGUGUCCCACAGUGGGGUCGGGCUGCUUCAUAUCUGGCAGCCAGUGGGGCUGUAACGCUGGGAGGGAUGGAGCCAUUUUCUUAUAGAAUGAAGAUCUGAUGUUGCUGCUGAUAAUCUUCUAUGGUAAUGAAGCCACGCCCACAGCACAAGUGACUCCUGAAUAUUAUUGCAGAGCCCAGUGCACACUGGGGGAUCCAGAGAAGGUCUCAGGAGCGCUGAUUGAUGUGGCCAAGCACCUGGGCAAUCUGAAGUACAGAGUGUGGGAUAAGAUGCUGGGGACUGUUCAAUACAGUGAGUACUGG